AUGGCCUCGCCACCUCUCGCCAAGAACGACCCUAUCGCCAUAGUCGGCGCCGGCAUCUUCGGCCUCUCCACGGCCCUACACCUCGCGCGCCGCGGCUACACGUCUGUCACCAUCUUCGACAAGCAGCCCUACCACGAAACCCACUACGACUACUUCAAGGGCUGUGACGCCGCCUCCGCAGACUGCAACAAGAUCUUCCGCUGCGCCUAUGGCAAGCAGUCCGAGUACAUGCGCAUGAGCCUGGAGGCCCGCGACGAAUGGAUGGCCUGGAACGAGGAGCUGCAGACGGGGAAGCUGGUGCCACCGGGCAUGAGUACGCGGGAUUGCGUGUUUGUGGGGAAUGGGAAUUUGAGUCUGACCGAGGAGAGGGAGUUGCCGGAGUUUGAGGUUGAGACGGUGAGGAAUAUGGAGAGGUUGGGGUGGGGGGAGACGCAGUUGGUCACGACGGACAAGGGGGAUUUGGAGGUGGCGAAGCGGAAGGGUUUUGAGGGAAUGAUGGAUCCUUUCAGGAGGGGCGAGCGAGCGAAGAGCUACCUCGGCGUUCUGGACACGCUAGGAGGCACAAACUAUGCCGACAAGGCGUGCAGGUUUGCGCUGGCCAAGGUGGUGGCGUUGGGGGUGAAGACGGUCUUUGGAGAACGCGAGGGAACUUUUCGGGAAUAUGUCUAUGAAAGUGGGAAGGUUAGCGGUAUCCGGACACUUGAUGGACACAUCCACAAGGCGGCGAGAGUGGUCAUGGCGUGUGGAGGCUGGACACCGUCCCUUGUGCCCGAACUGGAUCAUCUCUGUGAAACUACCGCCGGCAGCGUUGUUAUCUUCCGAAUCCCCAAGGACAGCCCACUGAUGGAGCGCUACUCGGCCAAGAACUUCCCGAGCUGGACCUGGAACGUGCGUGACGGGCCGACGGGAGGCCUCUAUGGCUUCCCUGUCACCGAGGACGGACUUUUCAAGAUCGGAUAUCGCGGAGAGAAGUUCACGAACCCGAAGGUGCAACGAGAUGGCAAGGAGAGGAGCGUGCCAGCCACAAGAUACACCACGGAGGAGCAGAUGAAGCAGAUCCCGCAGCAGGCUUGGAAGGUCAUACAGCACUUCCUCCAGCAGUACACGCCGGAGUUGCUGCAGGAACCAGGAGUCAAGGUCGAGAUCUCGCGGAUAUGUUGGUACACUGACUCGUGGGACAACCACUACGUGAUAGAUUUCGUGCCGGAGCUGGACAGAAGGGUCUUGAUCGCCACUGGCGGCAGUGGGCACGCCUUCAAGUACCUGCCCAACAUUGGCAAGUACAUUGCAGAUGUUCUCGAGGGCAAGGAGUCGGAUCGUGAGCUUCUGCAGAAAUGGCGGUGGAGAUCCCGAGCUGACAAUCCCACCACGACGAGUCCGAUUGUCAAUACGUUGAUGGAGGGACAGGAAGGGCCAAGGGUGUUGAGGAAACAGAAGCUGACGCAGGAGACACUGGUGCUGCCGGGCACGGCCCAUUUGUAA